UUUGGCAGCAUUCUUGGGGUGAUAUCGGUAUCAUUCUCCCUCUUCCCACCUGUAAAUGCUAUGCCAUCAAAGAACGGCUUCACUCCGCAUGUUCUGAGAGACGAACUCAGCCAGCCAUCAGGAGUAUUGUUGCGGGGAAGUCGGCCUGAGAGUGCAGCGUCCAUGUUUCUCUACAUGCUGAUAUUCAUGGCGUAUCACAGCAGCAGAUGGAUACCAAGGAGCCAGAGGGUAAAAUUUCAAAUAGUGAACGCAUUGUUCGUGGCACUUGUCCUGGUCCCUCAGUUCUACGUCAUGGGAAGGCCCAAAUCCACCAGAUACUGCGUGCAGCCUCUUCUCAACAACUUAUCCGCCUCAAUCGCCUUGUCUUUCAUAGCUUCCGGUUUAUCUGUGAUUUUCACGUUGAUGGACCCGGUUCCUCCGAGCUUGUGGGCCUCCUAUCACGUGUUUGGCCUGCUGACAUGUGGACAAGGACUGUGCACAGCCGUCCUGACUCUGACAGCAGCAGCAUGUGCCAGAAGCACCCCGGAGCUGUACUACACAUCCCUUGUUCUUACUGUCGCUUCCAUUUUCAGUACAGGGUUUUUCAUGGCGAGACUCUGGUUGUCCAUCAGGCAGCGCGUGACGGACCCGAGCAGAAACAAUGAGCGGCACAGCGGUCCAGCUGUCUCGCGGUGACACCGGAGACUCCACAUAUUAAGAUUUCAUGUGGUUUCCAUGCCACGAGCAAAUGGAAACUUUAAGCCAUGAGAAAGUGACUUAAUCCUUCUUUGGUUGUAAUGCUCACUGAAGAAAAGCAGUUUCUGUGUUUCUGUCAAUUGUUAAAAGUUUGUUUUUAUUUGCCGGACAUUGGUUUCAUGUAACAAUCAGUCAGGAUAUUAAUGUGUUUUUCUGGCUGUAGAUUUAGUGCAUAAUAAUUAUCCCAGUAGUGAAAGAGUACAUUAAAUAUUAUAGCAAGAAUGAAA